GUCGUGGCAGACUUUUCCACGCUUCAAUAUCCAAUAAUAUUUCAGAAAUGGAAACAGAAACAGAAACAUGUAAAAUCAGACCUCACAGCCUGAAGAGGUUGAUUCUGCUACGCAUAUCCAUAUUAUUACCUAAAAAUGUAAAACAUCUCUAUCUAAUUAUAUUUACACACACAUUUAUGUGCUAUACCUUUAUUUGUCUCCUCCUUCUUCGUUUUCUUGCCUUGCUUCUCAACUUGCAGCAAAGCAUUUGCCAAGUUCAUAAUUGGUGUUGCUAAGUUGAGGGUUUCUAGAUGGGAGGUGUUUUGAGUUUGGUCGGUCCCAGAUGCAGGACAAGCGAGUAUAAUGAGAUGUUAAAUAAUGGAAGCUGCAAGAGGCAAAAGACAUCCUCAAUUUUUUAUGAUGAGGAAAGCCCAAGAUUAAUUCCGUUUCUUCCGGAUGAGUUAUCCAUCCAGAUACUUGCUAGACUCCCCAGAUAUUGCUACUUCAACCUGCGAUUGGUUUCAAAGAAGUGGAUGGCAACGUUUGAGAGUGCUGAGCUGUUCAAAGUUAGAAAAGAACUUGGAUUAACAGAAGAAUGGCUAUAUGUAUUGAUUAAGGAUGAAGCAGAUAAACUAUCAUGGCAUGCUUUGGACCCUUUGUCAAGAAAUUGGCAGAGGUUGCCUCCAAUGCCGAAUGUUGUUUGUGCAGACGAAUCUAAAAGUGGAUUUUCUGGGCUUUGGUUGUGGAACGUUGUUGGGUCAGGCAUUAAAAUUGCUGAAGUUGUAAGGAGUUGGCUGGGGCAAAAUGACACGCUGGAUCAAAUGCCUUUCGGUGGUUGUUCCGUCAGUGCUGUUGAUGGAUGCCUCUUUGUGCUUGGUGGGUUCUCUAGAGCUACCACCAUGAGAUGCGUUUGGCGGUUCGAUCCAAUCUCAAACAAAUGGAGCAAAACGACUUCCAUGUCUACAGGUAGGGCUUACUGUAAGACAAGCAUUUUAAAUAACAAGCUAUAUGUUGUUGGUGGGGUUAGUCAGGGCCGAGGGGGAUUGACUCCUCUUCAAUCCGCUGAAGUAUUUGACCCUUGCACGGGUACAUGGUCUGAUGUUCCAAGCAUGCCAUUCUCAAGAGCUCAAUUGGUGCCCACUGCCUAUUUGUCUGACCUGCUAAAGCCUAUAGCCACUGGGAUGACUUCUUACAUGGGAAGAUUAUUUGUCCCUCAAAGUUUAUACUCGUGGCCCUUCAUUGUUGAUGUCGGUGGUGAAAUAUACGAUCCUGAAACAAAUUCAUGGGCUGAAAUGCCAACUGGCAUGGGAGAAGGCUGGCCUGCACGGCAGGCAGGUACAAAAUUGAGCGUAGUGGUAGAUGGUGAAUUAUAUGCAUUUGAUCCGUCUACUUCUCCAAAUAGUGGUAAGAUCAAGGUAUAUGAUCAGAAAGAAGAUACAUGGAAAGUUGCCAUUGGAAAAGUCCCUGUUGCUGAUUAUACAGAAUCCGAAUCUCCAUAUUUGCUCACGGGUUUUCAUGGAAAGAUUCAUGUCCUCACAAAAGAUGUCAAUCAUAACAUUGCAGUUAUGCAGGCCGAUGUGCAAGAUAAUUUGGGUUCCCCAUUGAGCUCAACUUCUGCUUCUGCCAAGUCCUUGCAUGAGCAUCCUGACUCAUCAGAAACGGUUUUUUGGAGGGUCAUAGACAGUAAAGAUUUUGGGUCUGCGGAACUUGUCAGUUGUCAAGUUCUUGAUGUAUAGGGGUACCCUGAUUAGUGUUUUAUUUAAGAUAUUGGUGCGCCUUAGAACCCGCACAGGUGACCAAAUACCAAAAAUUGUUAUUCGGUGUCUGCCCAUAAAGAUGGCUUCCAAUCGUAUUUUUAUUCUUAGAACUUGAGGUAAUUUUCACGAUCCCUUUGAAUUGCCAUACAAGACAUGUAUCCGGAUAUUUGCAUACUAAAGGUGUGGUACAUAUUAAGAACACUUCAAACAGUUUGUCAGGUUUCAUUUUCAA